GCAUUCUCUUCUUCCUCAGGGCCAAGCUCACUACGCUUCCCGUGCGGCGAGGAGCCCCGGCCGGCUCCGGCAUCGAAACCAACCUCAGUUAGUAAGGCUCGCGCACAAUGACCAACAAGGCCGCCACCGCCAGCAUCAUCGCCGCCGUGGGCGUCGUGGCCGUCAUCGGCACGAUCGCCGCGGUCACCACGUCCAAGAAGGCCAGCGACGAUGGUGGCAACAUGUCCACCAGCAUCAAGCUCUCCCAGCUCUGCUCCUCCACGCUGUACCCGGCCAAGUGCGAGAACAGCCUCACCCCCGUCGUCAACGAGUCCUCCAACCCGGAGGAGGUCCUCCGGGCCGCGCUCCAGGUGGCCAUGAACGAGAUCGGCGCUGCCUUCGCCAAAUACACCGACGUCGGCAAGGGCGCCGCCGACAAGAUCACCUUGAGCGCCAUCGGCGAGUGCAAGAAGCUGCUCGACGACGCCAUCGUGGACCUCAAAGACAUGGCCGGCCUCAGGGCCGACCAGGUCGUCGUCCAGGUCAACGACCUCAGGGUCUGGAUCUCCGGCGUCAUGACCUAUAUCUACACCUGCGCCGAUGGCUUCGACAAGCCGGAGCUCAAGCAUGCCAUGGACAAGCUGCUGAGGAACUCCACAGAGCUCAGCAGCAACGCCCUGGCUAUCAUCACCCGCGUCGGCCAGGUGCUGGCGACGGAGGUUGUCGGCACGAUCGAAGACCUGCCCAACAGCCACCGCCGCAAGCUGCUGUCCGCCGGCGUCUUCCCGGAGUGGGUGUCGUCCCACACCCGGAGGCUCCUCCAGAUUCCCGGCGGGCUGCAGAAGCCCAACGCGGUGGUGGCCGCGGACGGGAGCGGCAACUUCAAGACCAUCACGGAGGCCCUCAACUCCGUGCCCAAGAAGUCCACCGCACGCUUCGUCAUCUACGUCAAGGCCGGCGAAUACAAGGAGUACGUCACCGUCAGCAAGGACCAGGCCAACGUCUUCAUGUACGGAGACGGGCCGACCAAGACCCGGGUCAUCGGCGACAAGAGCAACAAGGGAGGCUUCGCCACCAUUGCCACCCGCACCUUCUCGGCGGAGGGGAACGGGUUCAUCUGCAAGUCGAUGGGAUUCGUGAACACGGCGGGGCCGGACGGGCACCAGGCGGUGGCGCUGCACGUGCAGGGGGACAUGUCGGUGUUCUUCAACUGCAGGUUCGAGGGGUACCAGGACACCCUGUACGUGCACGCCAACCGGCAGUUCUUCCGCAACUGCGAGGUGUUGGGCACCAUCGACUUCAUCUUCGGCAACUCGGCGGCGGUGUUCCAGAACUGCCUCAUGACGGUGCGGAAGCCCAUGGAAAGCCAGGGCAAUAUGGUGACCGCGCACGGGCGCACGGACCCCAACAUGCCCACCGGCAUCGUGCUCCAGGGGUGCAAGAUCGUGCCGGAGGACGCGCUGUUCCCCGUCAGGCAGACGGUCCCCAGCUACCUCGGACGGCCGUGGAAGGAAUACUCGAGGACGGUGAUCAUGGAGAGCACCAUCGGCGACCUCAUCAAGCCCGAGGGGUGGUCGGAGUGGAUGGGUGACCUCGGGCUCAAGACGCUCUACUACGCCGAGUACGCCAACACCGGGCCCGGCGCCGGGACAAGCAAGAGGGUGACCUGGCCGGGGUACCGUGUCAUCGGACAGGCUGAGGCCACGCAGUUCACCGCCGGCGUGUUCAUCGACGGCAUGAGCUGGCUCAAGAACACCGGCACGCCUAACGUUAUGGGCUUCAUCAAAUGAUCGAGCCAGUUUGCCGGCCAUUUGACUCCGGCCGCGUGCAUGCAUGCAUGCGCUCGUCCGGUGGAUGCUCGACGAGACACGUGGAGUUUUAGGAAGAAAUUAAGGAAGGAGACAUAAAGCAAGAUCUGUUUGUGUAUUAUUUGUACAGAAGUGCAAAAGCAGUUCAAGCAAAAGAAUUUCUCUGUGUAAUGUAAUUGAUUAGAACAUUUCAACAUGGCUUGAUGUAUCUUUUUUUUGUCCACACUUAUACUGUCUAACGAAAUUGAAGGGAAAUAGCAUUGGAUAUAAACAUGAGCUUACUUGAUAGGAGUGGCAUGUUCUUCUUUUCUUUUCACUAGAUAUAAAACGCAUGCAGUAUUUUGCCUGAUAUAGAUCAAAUCACGGAGUAUAUAUACUAUCAAGCAAAAAGAUUUUGCCAUUUAUACAUUUUCUUUGGCACAUUUUGUACAAGUUUGUUGUAGCAAAAACUUGGAACUAUAGAUGAUCUAAACAUCCAAAUCAGGCUAGGGCACACCCGUGCAAGCGAGAGGAUAAAUGGGUGCUAGAAGUGAGAGGUGGGGUCGCUAGGAUGCCAGAUCGAUCGAGUCGUACAGAAGCGAUUUGCGUAUUGGAAGUUUGGAACU